AUGCAAAGAGCCAGACUUGUUUUUCAUUUACUGACCAGUUUCGCCUUAGCCUUACUGGAUUCUGCAGAGAGUCUGACAUCAGAAAGUGGCGACCAAUGCGAUGAACUACUGGAUUUCGAGAACAGAAAUCAACUCAACUGCUUCGCAACUCGAGGAGAUUCCACAAAGUCGUUAUCUGAAGAAAGAGCAAAGAAUGGUCUGUACUCUCUCAAGUGGGAGUCAAAGUCUACUGGCAGGUCGAGACUAGUAUAUACCAGGCCUUCCUCGUCGUCCAUCCGGGGGAAAAAACUUCGGUAUGGAGGAAUGAAAAUCUGGCUUUACAAGGAAAGGGAAUCUGACGGAAAGAUGGAAAUCCGGCUGAGAGACAGUAAUAAGAAAAAAACAAUUGGAUUGAUUCCAGUUGAUCUUGGGUUUAAAGGAUGGAGAGGAAUAUGGGUGGCCUACUCUGAGUGCAAGACAUCUUCCAGGAGUAUUUACGGUUCUGCUCGAUUAGAUCGAGUCAGUUUUGUAAUAAGCCAGAAGGAUACUAUCUUUAUUGAUAUACUGGAUUUUGUAGACAAUUUGGCUUUCCAGAGUCGCGAUAAAAUAGUUCCACCAUUUACAACGAAGUGGAAGGUGGCUACAUCCUCAAGGUUUCAAACAUAUCGCUGGAGUAAACAGAAACCAACUGAUCUUCCCAAAGCUGUCGAUGCAUCAAAAACUUUGAGUCUAAAACACAUCGAAAGUCGUUUUAAAAAUUUCUAUUGCCAUGAGAAGAAAACUAGUUAUGAUUUCGUUGGAUUUGAGCUUGAACGUUGGAAAGCAAUGACGAAAAGCUUUGGCAAGGCAAACAAGGAAUAUGAUAGACUUACUUUCAAAACGUUAUCAGACUCAAAGAAAGUGAUCAGUGGUCCUCCAUUGUUUUGCCGCACCUGCAAAAGAGGAACCAGAAAGUAUUCUACUAAGGAUCCUACAAGGAAGUUUAGCUUUGUUAUGGCACAAAUCAUGCUGCCUCUAGCGGUGGAGUAUUACUUGAGGUCCCGUAAAGUAGAGAUGGAUAAGAUAGUGGAGAAAGAGACCACAAAUCAAGCCCUUCUCUCUACUGAUCCAGCAAAGGUAGAAGAGUCCGUAAAACGGAUCGCAGGAAACCAUAAAGGAAGAAGAGAUGAAUUUUACUCCUUCCUCCAAAAUCAACAGAAGGUCCCUUACGACAAAACAAAAGUGCGCCGGUCAUUGGAAUAUUUAAACAAAGCUCGUCUUCAAAGAAUCAUCAAUUUACUGGAUUAUGUAGAAGACCAAGGAUGGGCAGAUGGCAGUGCUUUAGGUUCCUUGACUGCAGAGAUGAAUCGAAAUGGUGCUGCAUAUAUGCAUACUAUCCUUUUACUUAAAGAUAGUCUUCACAAACAUUCCACAAACAAGAGCAGACUGCUUAACUUGAUCAAGACCGCAAAAUGGUACAACGACUUUGGAGAAGUGUAUCAAAAGAAAUUCGAAUUUGAUGGAACAAAUGCUGACAGAAUGAUUACUAUAAUGCUGUUUCGGCUCAUCAUUGUUUUAGUGAUGCCUACAAGUUCAGAUGCAGAGAUAAAAGCCAGACAAAGAGAUAUGGACGCUUGUAAGAAAUGGAUGGACAAUGCCUUGAAAAUCAACAAAGCAUUUGGAGGAGUUGUAAAGCCUGAUUAUACUGGCUUCCACCACAAGGCGUUUUAUGGAUCCGCUUACAUACCGCAGGCAUUGCAUACAGCGUCACAACUGCAGUACCUUCUUGAGGGAACUGAUUUUGCUCUAUCGGACUCAUCGAAAAGAAACCUGCGUGAAUCACUCAAAACUCUACGAGUUAUAGCUGUGAAAUACUCUACGCCUAGUAGUGUGGGAGGACGCUUUCCCCAGUACUCCAAGGCUGUUUUAUUGAAAACGAUCCCUGCAUACGCCUACAUCAGCGUAUCUCAUUCAGGAUCUCUAGCCUCAACACCAAAAGCUGGCGCAUCUGUGCCUGAUGUCACUAGCGAUGUGAAAAUUUUUAUACGUCUUUACCAACAUUCAGACGAGUUAGUCGUUGAAUACCUCAAUGAUGGAACAAUUCGACGAGGGAAAUCCUACAUGAACACACUUGGGUCUUUGGAAAUAAUGAGCCAAGUGUUCCAGAAAGCCAGUGUAAAUAAGAAAAUGACUGCUGAGUCAUCUCCGGAGGGGCAUUGGUCCAAGAACUUUGCAGCUCUUUCUAUUCAUCGCCGUGAAGACUGGGCGGUUACAAUGAAAGGCUUUAACAGAUUUGUCUGGGACUUUGAGCAGGGCAAGGGUCAAAAUUUACACGGUAUUUUUCAGAGCCAUGGCCAGAUGAUUAUUGCAAACAACGAGGAGUCGUUAAAGGCACAUGAUAUAGAGAACGGAUGGGACUGGACAAAAAUACCAGGAGCCACUACAAUGAAUCUAAGCCUUUAUGAAACGCUACUCAAGAAAGCCAGGUAUUUCAGUCCGCGAUCUUCAGCCGGAGGAGUUACCUUUAAAGGGCCAGAGCCCAUCGCAAGCGGACUCUUCGCCAUGGACUUUCAUCAACCAGAUUACCAGUUCUUAAACGUAAGUGAUCGUCAUCGUAAUAUUAAACUCUACUUUAAAAAAUCCGUUUUCUUUUUCCAAAGCGUAUUGGUCUGCUUAGGCAGCAACAUCAAAAUUGAAAAUGGUUCUGGAAAAGAGGCACAGACAACACUCUUUCAAGACAAGCUUCAAAGAGGUUCAUCGACCUUCACUAUUGAAGUAGAUGGUGUAACAAAAGGUAUGUCAGCUCCUUUCCCCGCUGAGACACCGGCUUUAAGUUCAGAGGGGUACAUCACUCUUACUGACACGAAAGGCAAUAGCUACUACAUUCCAAGUUCCAGUGCUUCGAGUCUCAAGGUUAAAGUUGAGAACCAAAGCUCUAAAACUCCAGCUGACAAACCUUCCAGUGGUUAUUAUGCCACCGCCUGGUUUGAACAUAGUUCAUCCGAUGACAAAUAUGAGUACGCCAUUUACGUUAAAACACCAUCGUAUCCCAAAUUUGCCAGCGAUGUUUGGAAAUCUCAGGCGACUAGUACCACAAGAAAAGUAUACACAGUUUUGAAACAGGAUAACAAAGCGCAUGUUGUGAAAUUUGAGAUGACCACAGAACGCUGGAAUUGGAUUGACGCCCAGUAUGGUUAUGCAAUAUUCGGGUCCAUCAUGGAGCUCCCAGCCGAAGGUCCAAUCAAGGCUGUCAGCAAAGAUUGCCUCAUUAUGGCGAAAGAAGAUUCGAAGUUCCUUUAUUUGAGCAUCAGCUAUCCUGAUCUUGCAUUUCCUACGUCUAAGCCUUUGGAGAAAAUACAAGACAUAAAGGUGAAAGAGGAGUACAAAAUGGAGAGCGAAGACACCAAAAUGCAAGUGGCGCUGAGAUAUGAUGUACUAAAGACCCUACCCACAAAAGCAUAUGCUCAUGGAUCCCCGGCAGACUACUUGCCAAUAGUUCGGGUUGAGUCGCUAUCUUCACCUAAAGCAAACAAGGGAAACAGAGUUGUCUUUGUCAACCUUAAAAAUGGAUUCAGUGUAGAAGUUAAGUUGAGGAAGUAUUCUGAGUGAUGUGUCUCCCCAAGCGUUCGACUAAACGAAAGUUAC